AUGGCGAGGCCGGACGAGAGCUGGGCGCGGAACACGUCCCCGGGGGACGACGCGUCCACGAGCCACGCGCCCCACCCGGAGGGCGCCUCGCCGGACUUGCUGCGGAACACGCCGUCCAACAUCGCUAGGCUCGAGGACGCGAUCGAGAACUGCGCCGCCCGCCGCAAGUACCUCGCUCGCACCAAGAGCCCCUCCGACGGCGAGGACGUCCGCUGGUACUUCUGCAAGCUCCCCCUCGGGGACAGAGUGCUCUCUUCUUCAGUUCCGCGGACGGAGAUAGUUGGGAAAGGAGACUAUUUCAGGUUCAGCAUGAGGGACUGUUUGGCGUUGGAGGCGUCUUUCUUAGAGAGAGAGGAAUCACUACUUGGGUACUGGUGGAGGGAGUAUGCGGAAUGCAGUGAAGGGCCAACAGGUUCCUUGGUUAAAGCUGAUAUGUCAGACUCUGAAUAUUUGUAUAAGGUGGAGGAGGAGCGGGUUGGGGUUCCUGUGAAAGGUGGACUAUAUGAGGUUGAUUUGAUGAGACGUCAUUGCUUCCCUGUAUAUUGGAAUGGUGAGAAUAGACGUGUUUUGAGGGGCCACUGGUUUGCUCGAAAAGGAGGUCUUGAUUGGAUUCCCUUGCGUGAAGAUGUUUCUGAACAACUUGAGUUAGCAUAUAAGUACCAGGUCUGGCAUCGUCGUAAAUUUCAACCUUCAGGCCUGUUUGCUGCGCGGGUCGAUCUCCAAGGAAGUACACUGGGAUUGCAUGCUCUUUUUACAGGAGAGGAUGAUACUUGGGAAGCUUGGCUUGUCUUUGAUACAGGUCCUAAACUAGGCAGCAACACAAUCAAAUUAAGGCGUGGUUUCUCUUCUUCUGGAUCUGCAAAUCCUACCCAGGAUGAGUUGCGUCAACAGAAAGAAGAGGAAACAGAUGAUUACUGCUCUCAGGUUCCAGUUGGUCAUUUGGUAUUCAUGGUUCAUGGUAUCGGACAGAGAUUGGAGAAAGCUAAUCUUGUUGAUGAUGUAGUCGAUUUCCGCCGUGUGACCGCUAACCUAGCAGAUAGAUACUUAACUCCUUAUCAAAGAAGUACACAGAGGGUCCUAUUUAUUCCCUGUCAGUGGAGGAAGAGUUUGAAGCUCGGUGGUGAAAACACAGUCGAGAAGAUCACUUUGGAUGGAGUUAAAGGUCUUCGUGUAGCGUUAGGCGCCACCGUUCAUGAUGUUCUAUAUUACAUGAGUCCUAUCUACUGCCAGCAUAUAAUUGACUCGGUCUCGGGUCAGUUGAACCAACUGUAUAUGAAGUUUCUGAAGAGAAAUCCUGGUUACAGUGGAAAGGUAUCAUUAUAUGGCCAUUCGUUGGGAAGUGUUCUAACGUAUGAUAUACUUUGCCACCAAGAAUCCCUUUCCGCCCCAUUUCCAACAGAUUAUUUUAAGAUGGAAGUUUCGUCUGAUGAAGGCCAAGUAGGAAAAGGACCCAACACAAUUGAUCAUGACUCUGGUGUAAAAGAGCAUGAUACUUCUUCCACUUCAGGGCAUUCAUGUGUAGAUAAUGUAAAUCGUGUGGAUGAAGAGAGCACCAGAACUGAUCAUUCACUUACAGACAAGACUGUUCUGCCAUGUGUGCUUGAAAAUGUGCCAAACAAUGAUGAUGCACUUGAAUCACCUAUUCCAGUUGAUGGGUUGCAAACUGAAGUCGAAAAUCAGGUUGAGAAUCAUCAAAUGACAUAUACUGAAGGAGCUACUCCAGCUGUAAGCACAAAAGAUGCUGAUGAGUGCAUUUCAAGAUCCGCCAAGGAACUCCAUGAGGUCCCUGACAAAGACAGAUUAAUCUCAUCACUAGAAGAAGAGGUGAGCCAUCUUAAAGCUAAACUAAUGGAACUUGAGCGACAGAGUGAUUCAGUGAUUCAAAGCAUCAGUAGUGUUCAGUCUCAUCAAGGUAACUCGUUGCUUUUGUUCCAUGAAAUUUGUUUGGAGACUGUAUAUGCUUGUAUUUGUGAAGGUUUAAUCAGAUAUUUAUGUAUAUUAUUGCCAGAUAAAGAUGCUAAUGAUACAGUGAGCCUAGUAUCAGGCAAACUUAACAUAGGGCAAGGUAGCACAAGUCAGCCCUACAGACCACGUAUUAGAUACACUAAACUAAAUUUUAAGGUUGACACAUUCUUUGCUGUUGGAUCCCCUUUGGGAGUCUUCCUGUCGCUGCGGAAUGUUCGUAUUGGUGUUGGCAAGGGACAAGAUUAUUGGCAAGACAAGAACGUUGUUGAAGAGAUGCCAUGCUGCAGGCAGAUGUUCAAUGUUUUUCAUCCUUUCGAUCCUGUAGCAUACAGAGUUGAACCACUUGUAUGUGAAGAUUAUGUGAACAAGCGCCCUGUUGUUAUACCCUACCAUAGAGGCGGAAAGAGGAUACAUGUUGGAGUGCAGGAGUUCACAGAAGACGUUGCUGCACGUUCUCAGGCUAUUGCCCGUCAAUUCAAGUCAUUGAAGGUCAAAGCGGUAGCUGCCUUGUUAUCACUGAGCAAAAAUGACACGGAAGAGGACGAUGAGAGCACCAAAGAGGAGGAGAGAUCAUAUGGUUCCAUGAUGAUGGAAAGGCUGACUGGUUCACCGGAUGGUCGAGUUGAUCAUGUGCUUCAGGAGAAAACAUUUCAACAUCCAUAUUUAUCCGCUCUGGGAUCUCAUACCAACUACUGGCGGGAUCAUGAUACUGCUCUCUUCAUUAUCAAACAUUUGUACCGUGAUAUACCUGAAGAACCUCCAACUGAUGGAACUGGAAGUGCACCCAUUAGACUGUUCUAUGUGAGGGAUCCAAUUGCUGAAGACACUCCCCUGACAUUUUCAGACCACUCCUCAGUUAAGGAAUUCUCCAGAAAGGUGAAAACUUAUUCGAGAAAGGGGGAGGAUGAUGCAAACUGUGAAGCCUCUUGA